UGAGUUCGACUUGUUUAACAAGAGCAAACGACGGUGCACUAAAUAAUCACAAACCUAUACUUGCUUCUGCGAGAGUUUGUUUUGGUUCCACCUGGCAAAAAUGUAAACAGUCCUUGGCCAGGCCAGGUUGAGUUGAUAGGCAAGACACGAUUCACGACGUCACAGGUCUAGCUCAGGGUCAAGCAAAAGUUCUUGGAAAUUCUGCUACGCAUCUACAUACCACACCUGAACACGAGUGACGGAAGGAAGGCAGCGUUUCUAAGGCCCGUAAGAUCAUUGGUUCUUUAUUUGGAACUGCGUUGUGAGUUGCAAGCUCAGUAUGAAGAAAACAGUAAGUAUCCUGGCACUGUGUAUGCUUCUCAGCGUGACGUCAUCAGCAGACAGUAACUACCACAACACCUGUUUAUUAAAUCCAGGGGUGGGCGUACAGAACAGGCGUCAAGGAAAGGUUAAAGGCCACGCCCGUGGCUCGUCAAGUCGACAUUGUCGUAUCGGCUGCACGAGGCACUAUACACCAGUAUGUGGAAGUGACGAAGCAACGUACGGGAACGAGUGUGCAUUAUGUGCAGCCGCUUGUGAAAACAACGCCCUCUAUCUUGCCUGCAGGGGAGAGUGUCCGUGUGACGUCACCAGUGGGGAUCAACAUCACCAGCGGGGCGAUCCGGGGAUUUUGACUGAUAAUCCGGGCAGUCGAGCUGAAAGUGUUGUGCCUGAGGAUGUUUCUGGGCACCAGAGGCCACCGUCGAAGCAAGGUGGACCAAGGAAACUAAAGAAAAACCCCAACCCAGUUAUCAUCAUAACAGAUACAGAGUUGAACAUUAGAUCUGGAAACGUCAUUGCUGGCACUCUCAACCAUAUGACCCUUGACCUUCACGCACAAGUUGCCUCCGAGAGUAACCCAGUCUCCCAGUCCUCACUAUGGAAGGUCGAGUUAUACUUCAGAAGAAGAGGCAAGUCUAAAACCGGGGUUGUCAAUCAAGCUUUAAGCCCCGCCCAAUCUGACGCGUCUCUUGAUGUAGGACAACCUAUUUACAUCCGGGGUAUUGAGUAUGAGCUGGACCUGCGCGACAAGACAUGCUCAGAUAUCAAGGAAAUCUGCGCGUUCAUUAAGCAUCAAAAGACUGAAGGUCGUAGGGCAAAGGUCAUAGGGAAGCCAACAAAGAAAUCACUGCGCCAUUGCACAAAGGUCAAAUGUUCUUCGAGUACCUAACUUCUAUCAAAGGUUAUUUGCAUGAUUGUGUAUGGCUUUUUUAAGCCAAUCAGCAGCCAGCCCAAUAUCGUGGCUAUGCUCACUGCUCUCUGUAUGUAAAGCAUUUUAACCGUAAGUCCAGCAUGUUGCAGUAAGGCGCCCAGCACUUGCACGCCUUAAUUGGUGUAUGCAGAUACAAUGGCUGGCAAACGCCAUAGAUUUGUGCACUUCAAUAUCAGCUGACACA